AUGGCCUUCUAUAGGAAGUUGAGGAUCAGGUCUUUUUGUACUGAUUGUAGAUGGAUUCGCAACCAGACCCGUCGGUCCUUCAGGAAGCUAUGUAAGUGCUUCAGGAGGUUCUGGAAUACUGUUAAGGGAUGGUUUGCAAAGAUCAAGGAGGAAGAGCAGCCCAUCUCCGCAGCUGACUGCAUUUUUCACAGAGAAAAAAUUACGGAACUUGGCCACACGCUGAAGAAUACAGCUCUAUCCCUUGAAAAAAGAGCUCUGGCUGCCCAGAAAAUUGGACUACUGGCCUUCACAGGAGGCCUGAGUGCGGCACAGUUCGCCAGCGAGUACAUGCAAGAAGUGGCUCUCUUGCUGCAGAGUGAGAAGGUGAUGUCGUCGAAGACAAAGAUCCUCCUGCUCCAGAGUGUGGCGUGUUGGUGCUACUUAAACCCGGCCAGCCAAAAGCGAGCCAAACAACUGCAGUUCAUUCCCAUCUUCAUUGCUUUCUUUGAGACUCCCUUCCACUCCACCAUCAAGAGUGAAGUCAACAGCCACCGUCUUGUUCAGUUCUGGAUAUGCUAUGCCCUCUCCGCCAUGACCUGUAACAACUUAGCCGUCAUGAAGGAGUUGAGAUCUUACAGCUCUCUAAAAUACCACCUGCAGAUACUGGCUAUGGAGAACUGGACUGGGUGGUCUGAAAAUUUUGCCGAGGUCUUAUAUUUCCUAGUAGGUUUUCACAGAAAUUAA